UGAAUAUACCAAAUGGUAAAGAAUCAUCGACGAUCUUAUGGGAGCCUGUUUUGCCCAGAAACACCUUGCAUCAUGAUGAGAGAAUGUAGCUUCCGGACAUAGCUUAACUCAGUGCAAAUCACCGAGGGGGAAAUUAUAUAAAGACCAUGCCUUGGUCGACGACGUGCAUCUCGCGUGGUUGAUCAGUUCGAUCGAGAUAAAGUUACUGACCAACAACACCCAAUAUGGCCCAUAAGGAAGCUCUGCGAGCAUCGCUCGAAUCCACGAAAGCUGAAUACAGACGGUUAGGUAAAUCCGGUCUGAGGAUAUCUGUCCCUAUUUUAGGUGCAAUGAGUUUUGGUGACCCUGACUGGCAGUCAUGGGUCGUGAAUGAAGACAAAGCUCUUCCGUUGUUGAAAGCAGCUUAUGAUCGUGGCUUGAACACUUGGGACACUGCAGACAUCUACAGCAAUGGUCACUCGGAGGAGAUCAUUGCCAAGGCGCUGAAAACAUAUCACAUUCCUCGAGACAAGGUGGUUUUGAUGACAAAAUGUUUCGCAUACAUUGGCGAAGAAUAUAGUUAUCAAAACGAACCUGAGAUGCGUCGAACUAAAGACUAUGUCAAUCAUGGUGGGCUUUCUCGUCAGGCCAUCUUCCAUGCCGUAGAACGCAGCCUACAGAGACUGGACACAACGUACAUUGAUCUCUAUCAGAUCCAUCGGUUCGACCCAGACACGCCUCCUGAAGAAACGAUGGAAGCACUGAACGACCUGGUACGCUCAGGCAAAGUGCGAUACAUCGGUGCCAGUUCCAUGUGGGCGUAUCAAUUCGCCCUAUACCAGAACACCGCUCAGGCCAACGGAUGGACCAAAUUCGUGUCGAUGCAGAACCAUUACAACUUGCUGUAUCGAGAGGAGGAGCGAGAGAUGAAUCCGUUCUGUGAUCUGACUGGCGUCGGUCUUAUUCCUUGGGCGCCUCUAUGUCGAGGGAUUCUUGCUCGGCCUCCCUCUUCAGACAAGACAGAACGCAGCUCUAAUGACAAAGCCCAAACUGGUCAUAGCCAGGUCGACCAGGAGACAGUGAAGCGAGUGCAAGAAAUUGCAGAGAAACGAGGCUGGUCGAUGAGUCACGUGGCUUUGGCCUGGAUCAACAAACGAGUGACCAGUCCCAUUAUUGGCUUUAGCUCGGUGCAGAGGAUUGAUGAAGCCCUGGAUGCCAAUGGAAAAGAGCUUACAGGAGAAGAGGAGAAAUACCUUGGAGAGUUAUAUCAGGCAAGAUCUGUGGAAGGACACACGUAGAGAUGUAGCGCGAUGAUCCAUAAUUCUCGGACGAGCCAGAAAAGCAUCAACACCAUGUUGGCCCAUGAGUUGCUUGAACAAGAGACGUAUCAUGCAAAAACGGUCCGCUUAUCAUUGUGCGAAUCUCCUUGUUGAAUGAAAAAUGCACCGAGAAGGAACGAGUUGACCCAAUGUUGAUUGCACCUGCCUUGAUAAAAACUGCGGUGGGGCAUUUGGCAUCUGGUGCCUGCGC